UUUGGAACAUACCUAAGAAUAAAUAUGGUCGACAUCAUUCGAUUCGAUGAAAUGUGAAGCUUGAUUGCACGUAACAGGGCUGAAACCUUCGUUGUUAGCCGAUACACAAACUAUACUACGUUGUCAAUAACUAAAACAUAAAAUAUUUAGAUUUCUUCGCCGGUCAUUUAUAAAAUUGACAACCAAAAAUGGCGUAUCGUGGUGUCAAAGGCUCCGAUCCGUUUGUGUCAAAAACUUCGCGAAACGAACGUUUUGCACAAAUGUCGAAGCAAGAACAAAUUAUUCAACAAAAGAAGUUAGAAAUUCAGGCGAAAAUGCAAGAGCAGAAAGCGAAAGAAGCUGUAGAAUGCAUGAAAAAAUCUAAUUCCUUGGGCUCGAGCGCAAUAAGCAGUAAAAGCAAUGGUCCAAAGGAUGAAGAUGAAAAACCUCCCUCAUCCUUCUGCCUGAAUGUAUUUGCUAAUGAUGGCAGCUUUUUGGAUCAAUUUAAGAGAAUAGCAAAUAACAAAGGAACUGGCAAACAAGAAAUACAAGAUAAAUAUGAAGAUAAAAGGAGAGAUGACAAAUGUUAUGAAGUUAUUAGAGAAAGAGACAGGGAUAGAAAGCAUCGAAGUGAAAAUGCUAGAGACUGGGAUAAUCGACGAGAUCGUAGAAGAAACGAUUCACGUUGGGGAAGAAGUUCAGAUAAUAGGAAACAUAGUUCCUCCUCAAGUCCAUCGCCUACUAGGCACAGAUCGCCAUUAAGUCCAGAGACACGACAUGGCUAUAAUCAUUCCCAGAAUGGACAGCGUACCCAGUUCAGUCAAUUUUCGAUUCACAAUAAUAAUAAUAUUUCUUCCAUCCCGUCUCUCAUGUCUCAACCGAUGAUGCAAAUGACAAGCAUACCUCCACCAAAUAUGAGGAAUUUGACAUCAAAUAUUUCAUCUGUACAUUUACAGAGGCUGCCAGUAUCGAAGAAUUUUAACAAUAAUUAUACUAAUAUGAAUGAUCAUUCUAACAGUGCCAGAAUGCAAGUUGCACCACCGCAUAUUAUACGCCCUCCGCCUCCUCCGCCUCCUCCUCCCCCUCCUCCCCCACCUCCUCCUCCUAUCCAAAACAUUCCACCCAAUACAAAUAUUCCACCACCUAACAUGCAGAUCUCUCAGACAAUAUCUAUAGCCAACUUGUCUUCUUCAAAUGGGCCACAACAUAUUAUACAAAAUCCACAACAAUGUAAUGUACCAUCAUCAGCAUGCAAUGUCAAUUUACAGCCUCCGAAUAUUCCUCCUCCUAAUAUACCUCCACCGAAUAUUCUGCCACCGAUGUCACAGAUGCCACCGACUAUGAUGUCUAUGACUGGUUCGCAAGCCAUCGUAGUAACAGUACCGAAUGUAGCCAAUGUUCCACCACCAAGUGUGAUAACGCCCAUGAUAAUGUCAGCGCCUCCGCCAGUGCAUACUGUUCCAUCGACGAUUAAUUCUGUUCCACCACCAAACCUGAAUAUCCCUCCGCCAAAUGUGCCGCCUCCCACUGUCAUACAAAAUGCAGCACCUCCGCGUCUCAUGUCCACUAGCUAUACCCUUUCUAAUCAGGUAUCAAUCUCAGUGGGCCCAACCAAUGUACAAAUACCACCGCCUGUGAGACCACCGACCAAUCUACAGAGUUCCGAACAACAAGUGUGUCUAGUAGAGGCUGAGCAGCUGGCACGCAUUGUGGCUGACUGUGGAGAUGAAAUUGAACAAGAAGUGCGCGAGAAGAACGCCCAAGAUUCUAAAUUAUGGUUUCUGCACCAAAAGCAAAGUGCAGCGUAUCUCCAGUACAGGGGAUUGGUUUCGAAAUUACGUUCCGAGAAACCGGAUAAGGAUAAAAAGAACAGCGGUGCUGAGCUUUAUUGUCCUGAAGAAGCACUCAGUGACAAUGAUGACAUAGAUAAGUCCCAGAAGCACAAUGCAAUACCUGAUCAACUGAGAGAUGAUAAUAAAGAAGAACGUAAAAGGAGAAGACGUAGUCGCUGGGGUGACGCCGACACUAAGCUUCUAGUUGCAGAAACAAAUGUAUCUUCCAAUACUAGACCAAGUGCUGUAUUUUCUCAGCCUGGUAUAGCUAUACCGGGACAAAUCGGACAACCCGCCGUUAUAAUACCCUCUCCGUCCAAGAGGCAGCAUGUUAAAUCCAAGAAUCCGAUGCUUACGAAGAUUUCACGGAAUGAUCCAGCACUUAUCCAUUAUGCAAGACAAACUUUCGGGACGCUUGAUCUGAGCGAAGAACAAUGGAAAAAAGCAGAGGACCAUUAUAAGAUAAAUAUUUUAUACCAAAAUCUCUUAAGGAAAAGAGAAGAAGUGAAACAUUUGGAGGCACAAGGAAAACAUAAAUACGAAUACGACAGUGACGAAGAGACGGAAGGUGGUACAUGGGAGCAUAAAUUGAGGUCCGCUGAGAUGGAAGCGACGCAAAUGUGGGCUGAGGAAUUGACAGCGCAAGCGGAAGGCAAACAUCAUAUUGGCGAUUUUCUACCGCCGGACGAGUUGAAGAAAUUUAUGGAGCAAUAUAACGCCGUAAAACAGGGAAAAGAGCCUGACUUGAGUGAUUAUAAGGAGUACAAAUUAAAGGAAGAUAACAUAGGUACCAAAUGUUAUAAAUUUAUUAAUCGCAACGUUUAG